AUGAAUUCAAGUGGAGAUAAGGAGAAGAAGAAGUUAUUAUUGGGGAAUGGAGUUGUGGGGAUUUUAGCUGAAUCAGUGAACAAAUGGGAGAGAAGGACACCAUUGACUCCAUCGCAUUGCGCUCGCCUUUUACACGGUGGCAAAGACAGAACCGGUGUUUCCCGCAUUGUGGUUCAGCCGUCUGCUAAGCGUAUCCAUCACGAUGCCUUGUACGAAGACGUCGGAUGCGAAAUCUCUGAUGAUUUGUCUGAUUGUGGACUUAUACUCGGAAUCAAACAACCUGAGCUAGAAAUGAUUCUUCCGGAGAGAGCAUAUGCUUUCUUUUCUCACACUCACAAGGCACAGAAAGAAAACAUGCCUUUGUUGGAUAAAAUUUUGUCUGAGACAGUGACAUUGUAUGAUUAUGAGCUCAUUGUUGGGGAUCAUGGGAAAAGGUUAUUAGCAUUUGGUAGAUAUGCAGGCAGAGCUGGUCUUGUUGACUUCUUACAUGGACUCGGACAGCGAUAUUUAAGUCUAGGAUACUCAACACCUUUCCUUUCGCUCGGGUCAUCGUAUAUGUAUUCCUCAUUGGCUGCCGCAAAAGCCGCUGUGAUUUCUGUAGGCGAAGAAAUUGCAAGCCAGGGAUUGCCAUUAGGAAUCUGCCCUCUUGUAUUUGUCUUUACCGGAACAGGAAAUGUUUCUCUCGGGGCACAAGAAAUUUUCAAGCUUCUUCCUCAUACUUUUGUUGAACCAAGCAAGCUUCCUGAACUUUUUGUAAAAGACAAAGGAAUUAGCCAAAAUGGGAAAUCAACAAAGCGAGUCCAUCAAGUAUAUGGUUGUAUCAUUACUAGCCAAGACAUGGUUGAACAUCAAGAUCCAUCAAAGUCGUUCGACAAAGCUGACUAUUAUGUACACCCGGAACACUACAAUCCAGUUUUCCACGAGAAGAUCGCCCCGUAUACAUCUGUUCUUGUAAACUGUAUGUACUGGGAGAAGAGGUUUCCCCGGCUUCUGAGCAUCAAACAGCUUCAAGAUUUAACAACAAAAGGAUGUCCACUAGUGGGAAUAUGUGAUAUAACUUGUGAUAUCAGUGGCUCCAUCGAGUUUGUUAACCGAGCUACUUUAAUCGACUCCCCUUUCUUUAGGUAUAAUACAGUGAACAACUCAUACUACGAUGACAUGGAUGGCGAUGGCAUACUAUGCAUGGCCAUCGACAUUUUACCCACAGAAUUUGCAAAAGAGGCAUCUCAACAUUUUGGAGAUAUUCUUUCCGGAUUUGUCGGUAGUUUGGCUUCGAUGACUGAAAUUGCAGAUCUACCAGCACAUCUGAAGAGAGCUUGCAUAAGCUAUAGAGGAGAGUUGACAUCUUUGUAUGAGUAUAUUCCACGUAUGAGGAAGUCAGAUCCAGAAGAGGCAGAAGAUAAUAACGCCAACGGAGUUUCCAACCAGAGAACAUAUAACAUAUUGGUAUCUCUAAGUGGACACCUAUUUGAUAAGUUUCUGAUAAACGAAGCUCUUGAUAUGAUCGAAGCGGCCGGUGGCUCAUUUCAUUUGGCUAAAUGUGAGUUGGGACAGAGCGCUGAUGCUGAGUCAUACUCAGAACUUGAAGUUGGUGCAGAUGAUAGGAAAGUGUUGGAUCAAAUCAUUGAUUCAUUAACUCGAUUAGCUAAUCCAGAUGAUGAUUAUAUAUCACCACUUAGAGAAACAAACAAGAUUUCACUUAAGAUUGGAAAAGUCCAGCAUGACAAAGAGAAGCCUGAAAUGACGAAGAAAGCAACGGUUUUGAUUCUUGGCGCUGGACGUGUGUGUCGCCCGGCUGCUGAGCUCCUAGCUUCAGUCAGGACCAUUUCUUCACAGGAAUGGUACAAAACUUAUUUAGGAGCAGAUUCUGAAGAACAAACCGAUGUUCGUGUCAUUGUCGCUUCUCUGUAUCUUAAGGAUGCCAAAGAGACGGUUGAAGGUAUUUCAGAUGUAGAAGCAGUUCAGUUAGAUGUGUCAGAUAGUGAAAGUCUCUUUAAAUAUGUUUCUGAGGUUGAUGUUGUCUUAAGUUUAUUACCUGCAAGUUGUCAUUCUGUUGUAGCAAAGACAUGCAUUGAGCUGAAGAAACAUCUCGUCACUGCUAGCUAUGUCGAUGAUGAAACGUCCAUGUUACAUGAGAAGGCUAAGAGUGUUGGGAUUACGAUCCUUGGCGAAAUGGGACUGGACCCUGGAAUUGAUCACAUGAUGGCGAUGAAAAUGAUCAACGAGGCUCAUAUCCGAAAGGGGAAAGUGAAGUCUUUUACCUCUUACUGUGGUGGGCUUCCUUCUCCUGCUGCUGCAAAUAAUCCAUUAGCAUAUAAAUUUAGCUGGAAUCCUGCCGGAGCAAUUCGAGCUGGCCGUAACCCCGCCAAAUACAAAAGCAAUGGCGACAUAAUACAUGUUGAUGGGGAGAAUCUGUAUGAUUCAGCCACAAGAUUUCGAGUACCUAAUCUUCCAGCUUUUGCAUUGGAGUGUCUUCCAAACCGAAACUCCUUGGUUUACGGGGAACAUUAUGGCAUCGAGAGCGAAGCAUCAACGAUAUUUCGUGGAACACUCAGAUAUGAAGGGUUUAGUAUGAUAAUGGCAACACUUUCGAAACUCGGAUUCUUUGACAGUGAAACAAAUCAAGUACUCUCCACUAGAAAAAGUAUUACAUUUAGUGCUCUUUUAAGUAACGUUCUAAAGAAUGAUGGAGGCAAGGAAUUCGAGCCUUUCGCGAGAGAAGAAGAGAUCAGCAAGAGAAUUAUCAAGCUUGGACAUUCCAAGGAGACUGCAUCCAAAGCUGCCAAAACAAUUGUAUUCUUGGGGUUCAACGAAGAGAGGGAGAUUCCGUCAUUGUGUAAAACCGUAUUUGAUGCAACUUGUUACCUAAUGGAAGAGAAACUAGCCUAUUCCGGAACUGAGCAGGACAUGGUGCUUCUUCAUCACGAAGUAGAAGUGGAAUUCCCUGAAAGUAAACGUACAGAGAAGCACAGUGCAACUCUUUUGGAAUUCGGGGAAAUCAAGAACGGACAAACAACGACUGCUAUGGCCAAAACCGUCGGGAUCCCUGCUGCCAUUGGAGCUCUGCUGUUAAUUGAAGACAAGAUCAAAACAAGAGGAGUCUUAAGGCCUCUCGAACCAGAGGUCUAUUUGCCAGCUUUGGAUAUAUUGCAAGCAUAUGGUAUAAAGUUGAUUGAGAAGACGGAAUAG